AUGAUUGAUGCAGACAGUCGGCCCAAGUUCAAGGAGCUGGCUGCAGAGUUCACUCGGAUGGCUCGUGAUCCCCAAAGAUACCUGGUAAUUCAGGGUGACGACCGAAUGAAGCUGCCCAGCCCAAACGACAGUAAGUUCUUCCAGAGCCUCCUGGACGAGGAGGAGCUGGAGGACCUGAUGGACGCUGAGGAGUACCUGGUGCCGCACUCCUACAACAUUCCACCUCUGGCAUACACUCCCCGAGCACACAUGGACUCUAACAAGAACCAGUAUGGCUACCAGGACCCCAGCUACAGCAUGGAGGACAUUAUGGCCACCCUCCCCAGAGUGGUCUCUGUACCUUCUGUCUCUGGGGUCUGCCUCCCACCACAGGACCAGUCGUUAGGGGGGCAGAUUGGUGUUGGAUUCGGCCGCGGUAACCUGGACGACCCUCGCUGCAAUGGAACCCUGAGGAAGCAGGCCUCCCCGAGGUCAGGCAACCUCGUGCCGGGCUCAGCGCUCACUGCUGGACAAGGUGGAGGGGAGGACAAUAGUGGACAGCGUUACAGUGCCGAUCCCACAGGUCUUUUAGCAGAGCGAGGAGUAAAAGGAGACAAGGACCAGGAAGGCUACAUGACUGCCAUGAGAGACAAGAACAACUCAGACUAUCUCAACCCAGUAGAGGAAAACCCCUUCGUCACCCGCCGUAGGAAUGGUGACGCCCAUGCAGUGAUUGAUGGAGCCGGCUGCCACACCCUGCACAUGGCUGGAGCUGCUGCUGCAACCAAGAGCCAGUCCACUCACGGGGACGAUGAGUAUAUCAAUGAGCCACUGUACCUGAAUACCUUCCUCAACCCUGGGGACAAGAACGGAUUGGCUGGCGCAGUGUCCAUUUCUGGCCCAGGGUCCUCUGCUGCUCAAUCAAUAUCGCAGGCGGUCAACCCAUCAACGUCAAGCCACGUGGUCUCCACCUCUGGAUAUGUGAUUCCCCCUGGCCACCUCCCCCACCAAUCGUAUCCAUCACACACCCUGCACCCGGGCCAUUCAGGACACGCUCUGCACUCAGGCAUCACCAGCGGCACCAUAAUGUUUGAUAAGAAAGGCAAGAAGGCCACUUUUGACAAUCCUGAAUACUGGCAACACAGUCUACCCCCGAAGUCCUCACUGCACAACCCUGAGUACCUGCAGGACUGCAGCACGCGCUUCUUCUACCGGCAGAAUGGACGCAUUCGCCCCGCUGUGGCCGAAAACCAGGAAUACUUGUCCGAGGCCGCUAUGAAAGCCGGCAAUGUGUUGCCACCCCCCCCAUACAGGCAGAGGAACACUGUAGUGUAGUGACCCACCUGUAGCACAAUGAAGGAUGAAUAGAGGGAAGGGAGGGGGAUAAAUAAACAGUCCUCUUGUUUCCAUGCAGUACUUUUCAGCCUGGGUUCUCCUUGCACCCUUCCUGGACACGUCUCUCUGUUAUGUUGAACUGCAAGUCUUUUAGUUUCACUCUCAAGUUCUGCCUUGUCUUGACAGGACUACAAUAACAGUCACUGACAGCCUCACUUGACUUUUUUAGCUCUAUCCAUGAAAGCAAGUAGACACGUUUUCAAUGUUGGUUCCAUUGUGGAACACACUGUCCUGCCAUCCCAAGUAUCAGAGAGGCACAACAACAACACAAUGAAAUAAUUGAAAUGUUUAAUCAGAAAAAAAGGAGACAUGAACUGAGGUUAGCCCAAAGAGAGAAUUAUUGCCCUGACCUUUCAUGCUUUUCUUUGUACACCCAUUAAUUACAGUUCACCAUGUGUUUCGUUAGCACAUAUUUCACCUAUAAUGAUGCACACAUUGCUAUUGUGUGCAAUCUAUACAAUGACACACGCACAUGGCGUUGUGUUGUGACUCACCAGCAAACCCUCAGUCAAGCAGAAGAGCCCAGAUGUGGCUUGCAUGCAUGUCCACACGCUUCUCUGAAUUUUACAUGUUGCUGCACCAGUAAUGGAAGUCAAACAUUUAUCACACACAGCUCAUAUCAUACCCAAAACAUGUUAACAUGCCUGGAGCCUUGACACACCAAUAAUAUCCAUACAUUCAUUCAUAAGUAUAUACAUGCAUACUGACAGAUAAGCUCGCUGGCACUGGAAAUAUAUUCUGGAGGAGAAGCUCAAUUGACCUUGUGCUGGAACACAGAGUUUGCCAAUAAUGGCAGUCAGUGUUGCAGUGCAGGGAAAAGGGUGAACAGGAAAGUAAAUGUCACCACAGUUUUAUGAAAAACUGAUAUCAACCAAGUACCUGGUGGAAAGCAUUCUGCAGAUUAUUGGCAUAGCUAGGCUGGGAUUUAUAAGGUUGUUCGCUCCGAAGACGACGCUGAACUUCCCACGUCACUCUUGUCCCCCUGUCAUCCACAACCAGCACACCAUCCACUUCAAUAUUACCUUCAUAAGAUCAUUGUAAGCAGCAUUGUGACUGAUGAUACCAAUGGUGUAUGCAGUGUCAUGGUAUUGACAUAUAUUUCAACAGGGAAAGGAGAGUGACGAUGGUGAAUAUAAACGAAAAAGAAUACGCUUUUAGAAUCGUGAUCAGAGAUUAUUUUCAUUUUUUUUCUUUUCCAUCAGGGAUCUGUUUACUUUGUCUCUUUUUCUUAAACUAACGCAAUGAGCACAGACACCAAGCCACAAAUGAGCAACGUAGUUCUGGCAAUGAGGCUCACCCUGCAGGGCUGUAAAUAAGCCAAUUACAUGUCAUUACAAGACUAAUCAAAUCCUGGAAAAAAGCUCUGUGGACCGAGCUGAGACAUAAAAUUAUGAGUAUAAACUUGUUGGGGGGGGGGAACCUCUGUGUGUUCAUACUAUUGUUUGUCAGAAAAACUGAAAAUUAACUUUGACCAAGUAGUCACGACUACCUUGCUCUGUCUCUCAGCGCUUGGAAGUGGAACAGGGAGAGAGAGAGAGAGAGAGAGAGAGGCUGUUGAAAUGGACACUAUUAGAAAAUGGGAAAUCUUCUUUUCUAUUGUUAUUUGACAUUUUUUGUGAGAUAUUAUAAGUUAUCACUGAAUCCACUGAUGGCUAUAGCUUUCUGUACUCAUUCAGUACUGCCGGAUGCCACAGUUAACUCUGAUGGACACCACUAGCAUCUGUUGUCAAAUGACUUUGAAGCCUAACUUAGGCUGGGGUUGAUCAUUAAAUAGCACUUAAUGCUCUGACGCAUCCAAAUGACUUUGCUGUUAUUAUCGCUCUAAGUGGCAAUUCAUCUUUUUUUGCACUCACAAUUUAAAGUGAGAUGCUCGCACCUCAGACUUUGUUUCAUCAGGAAUAUUUCCUACAAAGGAGCAUACCCACUCUUAUUAAUGAUAUGAUAGUAAUGCAUUGGGGUUGGGAGAUACAGUAUCAACGAUGUAUAAUAACAAUGUAUAAUAACAAAUGUGUCAAUUGUCCGUACAAUGUAUACCCAAGUAGCUACUCUUUUGAUAUUUCUUGUUUUAUAAUACAUACUUAAUUUUGGUAAUUGUAUUUCUGCAUCAAUGUCACAAAAGCCUGAUUUUCUAGUUAUAUAAUAAUUCACUAAAUUAAAUGGGUACUCUAGCGAUUUGGCAUUGUGCUUCCAUAAAGUGUAGCAAAUCAAAUGAGACAGUCGAAAAAAUGAAGUAAUUUUACCUCCUACCUCCAGUUUCUAAUGCAGACUUUUUGUUAAAAAGUCUUAUGCCCAAGCAGAUAUUAACCUGAUGAAAUCAUUGUUGAUAUCACCUGGCUUAAUUGUUUUCAAUUUUAGAAAGUUCCCUCAAAAGCUUCAGCACAAAUUGUUCUCCGGUUUUCUUUCAUAAGAACAGAUCAUGAUUGGUAAAUUAAACUUGACGUGUACAAUUGUUGGUGUGUACCAAAAAACGAUAUUUCCAUCUAUAAACAGUUUCUCAAUUGAAUGCACAGAACAUAUUUGUAAUAAUAAUAUUGAUCUACACAUGCCCUUAUUUCAGAUUGUAUUCAUACCGCCCACCCUGAGUAUUAGGUGAUAAUGUCAUGUAUUUGGAGACCGAUUAAUGCCUGUGUAUGUGUCACUGCUGGCAUACCAAUACACAACCACUGUUUCACAACCUUGUGCCUCUACAUUGAAAAUACCAGGCAGAGGGAAGGUUCAGUUCAGCAGUGUUGAUGACUUCAUGUCCAAAACACAGAUGUCACCCUGGCACAGUGUUUCUCCCCCUUUCUCAGGUUUUAUGGGGAACAAUAAUCAUUCAGUUGAGCUCCAGCUGAGACACAAGUUGCCACAUUAAAAUGGGACAUCAAACCUAUUGAAGAAAACAUAUAAUGGAAGAUAGAUUAGCACCCUGAUACCACAGUAAACACACUGCUGAAAUGUGCAAAUGUGAAUUUUAUAGGUGUGAGGAGAUGGUUCUUGAAGUCAGCUCGCUGUUAAUUAUCAUUGACAUUGCUCGGUUGCUAACUUGAUUAAGCUGUGUUCAUUUGCUCUGAUGAUUUCAUGUAUGUAUACUGUCUUUGUGUAAAUGUCUGUCAGCAUCCUCUCUAUGUGUUUAGAUUGUUAAGGUCAGUAUGUGUAGUUUAUUUUUACCAUCACCCAUUAGGUAUAAGUUGCAGUGCUUGUAGACUACUUUUGGGCCGUUUGUUUAAGUGCAAUGACAGCAGUGGAUAGUCACCCAAAGGCAUCGUAAUGGAUCUCUAUGGAAAAAUAAAGCCAAUCUUGUGAAGUAGAAAACCUGCUGGUGCUCUCAGUAUCGGAGCAUCACAAGGGGAUUUUAGCUUUUUGAAUGCUAAUUCAUCCACUUUCCCUUUUUGUUCUUUUGGGAAAUCAUGUUACCCGACAUCUCACCCAGUGCACCAGCUGAGAAACCGUGAACGGCAGGAAAUAGGUUGUAAUCCUGCAGCGGGGCUAAAACUAAGGCAUUAGCAUUCUAGAAAUGUUACCAGACCAAUGCAUCAAUGUUACAAAAGCUAGCAGGAGAGAAGGUGCAAGUGCACUGUAACUGGCAGAGGAGACCAGAGUAGAUUGCCAUCCUUUCCUUUUUUCCUCAGAGGUGACUGUGAAUUGUAUGUAGCAAACACUGUUCAGCUGUACAGAAGUGGAACCGAAAAGCAGCUAUGUGUGGAGUGAACACGAACAAAGACUAAAACAAUCUGGAGGUGAGAAGUGAUUUUGGUCAAAUGUUAACAGGAGUCAUAGUUUCAUGUGAAAACAUAUUAUAUUAUGUGUCAAGGUACAGAAAGUCUCACAGGCACAGUAGUUAUUUAAAGGAGCACAAUAACUCCCUUUCAUGACUAAGUAAACUGGCCUUAUAGUAACAGCUAUCGUUUUUUAUUCUGCAUCCACUUUUGUUUUGGGUUUAAAUAUAUUUCAAAGAAAUGUUGUUAUUAGUAUUGUAAAUGGUGUUGUUUAAACUCUUGUGUUUGCUAUUCAGGGUAUCACAUUGUCACAGCAGAUGUUUUAUUUUUAAUAUGCAGUUUGAAGGUUUCAUUAUCUCAAGUCUGUCAUGUUCUCUACUUAACGUUGAAGCCAUUCCUAGCUAUGUCCCAAGUCAGGGGCUCUGUGUGCCAUCCACCGUCUGAAGUUCAGGCUGAACCUACACAAUUAAACUAGUUUAAAAAUGACCAAAACUAAUGGCUGUUCAGGUGCAUAUUGUCAUCUUAACAACUUAUUUAUUCUGCAAGUUUUAUCAAAAAGCUGCCCUCAGAAGACCUAUUCUCUUUGUUCACUCCCUAAAAUAGAUUGUUCAAUGGUUUAGUAAAUGUGAUUUGAUGUUGAAGACCUCAAAUUAUACACCAGGUGUGUCCUUCACGAAAAGGGAUGCCUGACAGACCUUGUUGGACCACCAGGACAGAUCCAGCCAAAAAAUAGGCACUAAAGAGGGUCCAGCUGAACUGGGACACAGCCAUUGUGUUUACAGAGUGUGCUCUCUUUUACUUUUUGUAAGCUUUGUAUUUACAUCAAGAAGACUUGUAUUCAAAGCAUUGGUUAUAUCUAUCCACCUGUGGUCUAAAUGCUCCUACUGUAUUGGAUCAACCCAUGUUACAUUUCAGAUAACUUCAAUAUAAAAUCCUCAUUAAUAGCUUUGGUCAAUACAUCAUCAAAAACAUUUUUUUUAAAGGGAAACUAUAAUGCAGCUCACAAACACAUAAUGCUAACAUCUUUAAAGAAUCAGACUGUGUAUGGCUGUCAUACUUCAUAUUUGACACUGAUUAAUAUGCAUAUUCUACCAUACCAUGAUAACUGGGGUCGAUGGCAGCGGUUGAGAAAGCACAGUUUACAAUGUAUUGAAUUGAUGUUAAAAGUGUAAAAUGGAAAUAAUAAUUGUCUUUUAACCCAAUGAUAAAGACAUUCAAAUAAUGGGUCACCGGAUAGUUCUACCAUUGUUAUACAAAUAAAAAAAAUAAAAAGUGGAUAGUAUUUUUAUAGGUAUGUAAAGGGUGGCCAGGUGCAUCUGUAAAUAAGACAAUGAUGCUUCUUUUCCAGAUUUCUUUGUUUUCCUUGCAUCAUUUGAUUUUUGGUGGUCUACUGUACCUUUUGAUUUGGGGAAUAUCUUUUCUGUAUGUAUAUAAAUAUAUAUACAGUAAAUAUAUAGAUAUAUAUAUUCUGUAAAUGUAAUUUGAAGAGUGAACUCUGAUUUAAAAAAACGCUUGCAGGGUCUUUUGUCACGCCCACCUCAUCGAUUCCCCUGUGAUUUUGUGACUGUGUUUCUUAGCACAACUUGGUGGAUUUUGUGUUUCAACCUCUGCUCCUGCUCACUUUGUAGGAGUAAAAUACUAGGUGUAUUAUAACUCCACUUUCCUCCAUGCUUCUCUCAGUAUUAUACACAUCUUGAGAUUUUUUGUUUUGAUUUUGUACACUCUUACGAUGCUGUUGCAAUACUAAUGAAUAUUCCCUAUUUCACCCACUUUUCUCUCAGCCUUUCCUAAACAAUGUUAUUAAUCCACCAGUGUCACUUUACACCUUGUGUUUUAAGGACCUAUACUAUGUUUCCUUGAGUAGUUUCAUUUUCCAUUUGCACUGAGCUCAGUCAUUGUUUACUUUCAGAUGAUAUUAAGCUCUUCAUCCAUGUGGGGCAAUACUGAUCGAAUGGUGUAGCAAUAUCAUGUUACAGUCAACAGAGUCAUUUAAUGAUGUAUGAGAGGCAAAAUGGACAGUUUGCAUGGGCUGGACUGAUCAUUUAAAUUACUGAUCAAUGACUUUGCUUGUACAGAAGUUAGUACGCCAACUAUUUUCGACUUCAUUCGGACUUGAAAUGUUCAAUAUUUUUCAGAAGUCACAGUUUAACUAGAAGUGAAUACAUCUUUUUCACAGGAUCUUUAAAGGACUUUGGGAUAGAGUUUGCCAAAUUGUCAUCUGAUUUUAUAUCUGAUGUGAGGACUGGCGCCAAGAUCAUCAUGUUGAACCUGUUUCUUUGUGGCUCGUGAUCAAGCAGUGCAUCAUAAUACUAAUGUCAAGUGUUGCUGAUGCUCAGAUGCUGAGGCUAAAUGGUUGGUUAAAGUUACUAUGUAAACCUGUCUGGAAUAACGUUAUUGCAGGAAAACUGUACGAAUCCACAAUUUUACAAUUUAAUGAUGUGGUAAGUUCUAAUUGAUAUUUCAAUUGCAGAAGAAACAUACUUGUGUUUUUUCUAAAAAGCUGAAAAUGCUAGAGACUUAACCAGUAAGUCUAAAGACAUUUGCUGCAAUGUUGUUUGAAUUAGAGAGGAUUUCUGCCAGCAUCAUCUUUGGAUUACAUACAUUUUGUCAUACAUCUUAUUUGAUAUAUCACCUACAGGUUGCUAGGCCUGAAUUACACUUACUAUUGAAUAGUGUUAAGGCACUUGCACCGAUUAUUUGUGUGGCAGUCUUGACAAUAUCCAGCAUUUAAAAAUAAUUUAGUAAGAUGAUCAGUUUGGCAAGCGUCACAAAAGUCCAUGUGUUUGUUCAAAAGUACAUUUUGAAGAAAGAAUAUUCAAUUGUAAAAACGUUCAUGAAUUAUCAUUGCUUUUUAUCAACUCAUCAGAAUGACUGAGAAAUAAGUUUUAUAGAACAUACCUUGUCACAUAUUACCAGUUUAAACGAUUUUCUUCACUGGUUAAUUGACACAUUUCCCAAGCUAGAACAUUGAAAUAUGUAUUCCCUCUGUUUUGUUACAUGAAUCUGUCAAAACUAUAUUUUUAAUUCAAUAUGAAUAAAGAUCAGUCAAUAUUUAAA